CGGCGAUGACGACGACCCGUUCGCGCGCGCGUUCUUCUCGAGUGGAGAUCGUGGGCGGGCGGCACUGAAUGCUGUGCGAUUUUCCUCGAAAAAACCGCACUUGUACCGGGUGGUUUUUCACCGGCCCCGGUCCGUUCGCAGGUUUGCGGUCGAAACGGUCGGGGUCCGCGAGAAAAACUCCAAACAUCGAUCCCGUCCGUCGGAUAUUAUCGAUUUCACGAACAGUGUUCCCUUGCACUUCCUGCGGUUCGCUGCAUAUGUUUCCUGUACAGUUGUUGUUGUUGUUGUUGUACCAAGGUCUCGAAUUGAAUAAACGUCCGAUCUGCCGUGCAUGACAAAUAUAACAGUACCGCGCGUGGUUCCGAUCCGAGUUUUUCCGACGCGAACACCGAAAACUUCGAGUCCUUUGCGUGACCGAUGGUGCGUUAGGAUCCGAUCGUUUUUAAGCUGUUCCGAAUAUUCAUGACAAUACUGUUCUCGGACAGCGAACGUUUUGAACGAUUUAUUAUAGCAAUAAAAAUACUUCAAUAAUUGUCUAUUGUGGCUAUCGCAAUAGCUCGACGAAGGGGACGAAAUGGUUUGUGUGCUAUUGGUACCGCCUUGGUUAGACACUGGCUGACUAGUUUUUUACUUGGAUCAUUAUUUGCUUGUUUAAUAAUAUAUUAUGGCAUAUUAAAUCAAAGAGUUCCUUUAGCUUUUGUGGAGAGCGGUAAUUUUAAAGUUAUCAAAGUUAGAGAAUAUGAAUCGACGUCUGAAGCAAUGGAAAAAGAGUUAAGAUUAUUAAGGAGACAGCUUAGUAUGACUCAAAAUCAUUUAUUAGCUGCGAUGAAGACAUCCCUAUUUCCUGUUUCACCAACUGAUUCGCCUCAAAUAUUACCAGAAACUCCUGCACCUUGUUCUUCCCAAAAAACAAUAGGUAUAAUAGAUAAAUGCGAAGUGAUUGAAGUCGGAAUAGUGUGCGCUGGUUAUAAUUCAACACGUUCAGUAGUGACGUUAAUUAAAUCAAUAUUGUUUUAUCGAAAAAAUCCACUGAGGUUUCAUUUUAUCGUAGAUGAGAUAUCGAAAAAAAUUUUAAAAACUUUGUUUGAUACUUGGAAAAUACCACAACUUGAAAUACAAUUUUAUCCAGCUGAAAAAAUAGUAACUGAUGUAUCUUGGAUAAACAAUAAACAUUAUUCUGGAGUUUAUGGUCUAAUGAAAUUAUGUUUAACACAAGUAUUUCCGGAUACUUUAAAACAAGUCCUAGUUCUAGAUACGGACAUAACUUUUGCAACAGAUAUUGCUCAGUUAUGGUCAAUGUUAAGAAGAUUUAAAAAAAGACAAGCAUUAGGAUUGGUUGAAAAUCAAAGUGAUUGGUAUCUUGGAAAGUUAUGGAAAAAACAUAAACCAUGGCCUGCGCUCGGUCGUGGUUAUAACACGGGUGUGAUACUGAUGGACUUACGGAAAUUACGUUUAAUUGACUGGAACGGAUUAUGGAGAUCGGUUGCAGUAAAAACACUAGUGACACAUUACUGGACUAGUCUAGCCGAUCAAGACAUUUUUAACACGAUUAUUAAAGAACGACCGGAACUUUUGUAUCCAAUGCCAUGCCAAUGGAAUGUUCAACUCAGCGACAAUACAAGAAGCGAACUAUGUUAUGCCGAAGUGGUUGAGUUAAAGAUAAUUCACUGGAAUUCACCAAAAAAGCUUAAAGUUAAAAAUAAACACGUGGAAUUUUUUCGAAAUUUAUACCUUACAUUCUUAGAAUAUGAUGGAAAUUUACUACAAAGAGAACUUUUUGGUUGUAACUAUUCUUCCACUGUUCAAGAUGUUUCAGGAAUAAGUGAAGAUGAUCUUUGUUAUGAGUUCAGAAGAGCAGGCACUACCAGUCUAAGAACUCAUUUGUAUUUUUUAGAAUUCGAAUAUCAAGCUUCUCCAGACGAAUGUGACAUAACACUUGUUGCUCAACUUUCUAUGGAUAGACUCCAGAUGGUUGAAAUGUUGUGCGAAUAUUGGGAUGGCCCAAUAAGUUUAAGUCUCUAUAUGUCUGAUGCUGAGGCUCAACAGUUUUUGAGCUAUGCUCAAAAUUCUGAAGUACUCAAGAAUCGAAAAAAUAUAGGAUACCAUGUAGUUUAUAAAGAAGAGGAUUUUUACCCCAUAAAUUUACUGCGGAAUGUAGCUUUAGAAAAUGUUGUAACACCCUAUGUGUUCUUAUCCGACAUAGAUUUUUUGCCGAUGAGUGGUCUGUACUCGUAUUUGAAAAAAUAUAUUUUUAUAAUGAAUAUUAAGUCUUCCGAUAAGGCGCUAGUUGUGCCUGCCUUUGAAACCCAAAGAUAUCGAACUGCAUUUCCGCAAACAAAAGCUGAUAUAUUGAGAAUGUUAGAUGAUGGAGCUUUAUUUUCGUUUAGGUAUCAUGUGUGGCCAAAAGGACAUGCUGCUACAAAUUACGCAAAAUGGAAAGGAUCUACUGUUCCUUAUAAGGUGUCGUGGGAACCAGAUUAUGAACCUUACGUAGUAGUACGCAGAGAUGUUCCAAAAUAUGAUACUAGAUUUGUUGGUUUUGGAUGGAACAAAGUGUCACAUAUCAUGGAACUUGAGGCUAGAGGAUAUACGUUUAUUGUACUUCCAAAUGCAUUUAUAAUUCAUAUGCCUCACGCGCCGAGUUUUGACAUUGCUAAAUUUCGUGGAUCGUCUCAAUACAGAAGAUGUUUGAAAAUACUAAAAAACGAGUUCAUAGAAGACUUACGUAUUAGAUAUUCUAAGCAACUAAAUCACACAGAGGGUUAAUUAAAAUAAUUUUUAAGCUAAAUAUUUUUUUGUUAUGUAUUUUAAAUUCCAUAAUUAUUUGU